GAUUAGGGUUUUGAAAUCAAGAAGAAGAAAGAUAAAAAUGGCAGCAGAGAAAGCAAGCACCGGCGCCGGCGAGACAAUCCCUCUUUUAACUCCUUACAAGAUGGGUAAAUUCCAUCUCUCCCACCGAAUUGUAUUAGCUCCGAUGACGAGAAACAGAUCGUACGGCUAUAUCCCUCAGCCCCACGCCAUACUUUAUUAUACCCAGAGAACCACCGCCGGCGGCCUUCUUAUUACUGAAGCCACCGGCGUCUCCGAUACUGCACAAGGAUACCCAGAAACACCUGGAAUUUGGACUGAAGAACAAGUGGAAGCAUGGAAGCCAAUUGUGAAAGCUGUUCAUGAUAAAGGAGGCAUCAUUUUCUGCCAACUUUGGCACGUUGGUCGAGUUUCAACUUAUGAUUUUCAGCCCAAUGGUGAAGCUCCUAUAUCUUGUACUGAUAAGGGUAUCACACCCGGUCUUGAUGGUGUUGACUGGUCUCCCCCUCGCCGGCUUAGGACCGAUGAGAUUCCGGGCAUUGUUAAUGACUUUAGAAUCUCUGCUCGUAAUGCAAUUGAAGCUGGUUUCGACGGAGUUGAGAUUCACGGUGCCAAUGGUUAUAUAAUUGACCAAUUCAUAAAAGACAGUGUAAAUGAUCGAACAGACGAAUAUGGUGGAAGCCUAGAAAAUCGUUGUCGAUUCGCAAUAGAAGUAGUGGAGGCCGUAGUAAACGAGAUUGGUGCUGAUAAAGUUGGUUUGCGUCUUUCCCCUUUUGCCGACUUUAUGGAAACACCCGAUUCGAAUCCAGUUGCACUAGGAGUCUACAUCGCGAACGCAAUUAACAAAUUCAACCUUAUUUAUUUCCAUGUAAUUGAGCCAAGGAUGGUAAAAAUAGAUGGCAAGUAUGAGCUUCCUUUUGGACUUCAUCCCAUAAGGGAAGUCUUUAAAGGAACCCUUAUAGCUUCGAGUGGUUAUACGAGGGAUACUGGUAACAAAGUAAUAGCGGAUGGUUACGCAGAUUUAGUUGCAUUUGGACGUUGGUUUUUGGCUAAUCCCGAUUUACCGAAGAGGUUUGAGUUGGACGCACCGUUGACUAAAUAUGAUAGGCAUACGUUUUAUACUCAAGAUCCGGUUAUUGGUUAUACCGAUUAUUCGUUUCUCGAGGAGUCGACUUCAACCUAAUUUGGUUCGGUGUUCUUAAAAGGGGUUAAUGUUGUUUAUUUUAAUAAUAUGGUACUUGUUUAAAGUAUUAUUUGUACUUGAUUAUUAUUAUGAUUGGUGUGGUUGAAGUCAUUUUCUUAUGAAAAGUAUUUGUUCAUC